AUGCACCGCGUCCACACCCAUCUCGCGAGGACAGCAAGACUUGCCAGUCGAGCAAGGUCUGUCCGAAUAUCCUUGGCCGUCAUCAGUGAUCCAUCGAGUACCAGUAGUAGAAUCACCAGCAAUAGCUGCAGUCGCAGUUUUGCUACGGACAAGAAACCCGACUGGAUGAUAGAAGCCGAGCUCGAAGCCAUCGCUGCGACUAACGCACGUGCUAUAAAACAGGGAACCGCCAACGAUGUUGUCAUGGGCAAGCUGAAGCACGAGUUGGACGGGGAAAUUAUUUCGAAUGCCAUCAAAUUGGAAGAAAAAUUGGUCAUGAUUAUACAAAAGUGCAACGAUGCCAAAUCGGGGGCCAUGGUGGAUGCCCGCGGUCGUGCGGUCUACAACGCGCUUCGGAAAAAGGCAUUGGCAACACGGCAAGAUUUGAUUACGCAAAAGGAAGCAGCAGGAAUGGUGACGGACGCAACAUCUAUGGUCGAAUCUGCCCAUCCCAUUCCAGCUUCCAUGUAG